AUGCACCCCGGUGUAUUGCAUCGACGAUUCUUAAAUGAUCUAUCCACUUCAUUAUUCAGUUUCGUGUUACCUCUGUUACCCACAAGUGAGGAAUUGAAUGUAAAAGAAGAGGUCAGAGGUCUGAUUGAAAAAUUGAUCAAAACACUUGAACCCUCCGCACGUUUACUGUCAUUUGGAAGUAGUUGUAAUUCUUUUGGAUUGAGGAAUUCCGAUAUGGAUUUGGUAGUCUUGAUUGACGAUCCCAAUGCAACGAUUGAACCUGGAAAUUUCGUUGAAAGCAUGGCGACUUUACUAGAACGUGAAACGAAUUUUAAUGUCAAACCUUUACCAAGAGCUAGAAUCCCAAUUUUGAAGUUAGAAUUAGCUCCUUCUCCAGCCCUGCCAUUUGGUAUCGCAUGUGAUAUUGGAAUUGAAAAUCGUUUAGCCAUCGAAAACACAAGGUUGUUGUUGACUUAUGCUACUAUCGAUCCUGCCAGAGUUAGAACCUUGGUCCUAUUUCUAAAAGUGUGGUCGAAAAGGCGGAGAAUCAAUUCACCUUACAGAGGUACUUUAUCGUCAUACGGCUUCACACUCAUGGUCCUUUACUUCCUUGUUCACGUGAAACAACCCCCGGUCUUACCGAACCUACAACGUAUCAUGCCUAUGAGACCUAUGGAAGAGGAAGAAGUAAUGCUUGAAGGUAAAAACGUUUACUUCUUCGAUGAUGUCGAGACUCUAAGAAGAGAAUGGUCUUCUGUCAACUUCGAAAGCGUCGGUGAACUCCUCAUCGAUUUCUUCCGAUUCUUCUCACACGAUUUCCAAUUCAACAAUUCCGUCUUGUCACUGAGAGCCGGUCAGUUAACGAAAGAAAGUAAAGGCUGGGUCAACGACAUCGAUGUCGGUGGAUUAAACGAAAUGGCAAGAGACCGUAACCGACUGUGUAUCGAAGACCCCUUCGAGAUUACUUACAAUGUCGCAAGAACAGUGACGAAGGAUGGUUUAUACACUAUACGAGGAGAAUUCAUGCGUGCAACAAGAAUCCUUACCCAACGGCCUGACCGAGCGGUUCUCGCACUCGCUGAGUUGUGUAGAGAACGAGAUGAUGACCUCCACCGAGCUCCUCGAUCGGCUUCACCUGCUCCACGAGCUCUUUCUGCCACUCGAGGACAAUACUCUACCCCUCACGUAAACAACGGAUGGCGAAGUCAUUCCCAAGUACCCUUUGGAUCUGGGCCCAUGCUUGAUGCGCCCGGAGGACGAAGAGGUCAGUCAAGUGAAGAUGACUUCCCUGAAUACUCUGCUCAAGACUUGUGGCUCCAGAGUCAAGGAUCUAACCUUGGUGGAGUUGGCGGAUUAGGACUAGGAUUUGAUGAUUUGGGUUUGAGUGAAAGGGGAGGCAGAGGACGUGAUACUGUCACGAGGGGGCUUGAAACUCCUGGAGGAGCAUACAGAGGUGCCCCAACAUCAAGACGUUCCGCAUCAGCUUAUGAAGGUGGCAAUGGACCUACAUCGGGCACCAUCAGUGCACCAUUGAGUCCACAUAGAUUAUAUGCUCAAUUAGAAUUGGGCAAAGGAUUGCAAGCACCUUCUAAUACGAAUGCUUGGCCAGGAUAUGACCCAAGAUUACAUUCAAGUCCAGGUAUGCCGAUGGAUAGAAUAUCUGCUUCUGCUUCAGGUCCUACCUCUGGUGGUGGACCAUCGAGAGUAACAUCGCAAAGUGGUAUCUCAAGAAGUCCAAUUUCAGCUGCUCCCGCUUCCAAUUCAAAGACUUCUUCCUCUUCAAAUGGUUUAAGAACUUCAAAGCAACAUCAUCAACAGCAUAAUUCCACUUCGCCGUUACCUGCUUUUGCACCAUUCGAUUCUGCACCCAUCCCUCCUCCACCAGGAUCAGCUAAAUCAUCAAUCGCACCUCCACCUUCAGCGACAAGAUCGUCGAUUCAAAAUCAAAAUCCUAUCAAAAAAUUAUCAUCUUCCAUUGAGUCACCAGCCAAUUUCAUUUCGCCAAGUACACUUCUUUCACCUGCUAAUGAACCUGCAGCGCUUCCAUCAAUGGAAAACUUGACGAAUAAUUUCGGUCAAUUAGGUGUCGGCGUCGGUGUUGGAAGUAUGAAACCUCCACCCCCGGUGAAAUCAUUAGGUGGUGAUGGACCUAAAAUUGUCGGUAACGAAAAUAAAGAUAAAUUGGAUCACCCUGAUCCUACUACUGAGAAACCAUGA